GCAACUUCUGAACAUCCAUAUAUCUUUUCGUUUACUGACGAAGAUGGCCGAAAAGAUUACCAACUUGAAAAACAAAUGCGUUGCUUAUGAUUAUAGUGAAGAUGAAAACGUCGACGCAGAAGAAGACUUCGGCCUCUCAUUGGAGAAGUUGAACCUUGGUCCAAGAAAGAAAGUCAUUGUUCUGGGUCUAGGAGGGUUGUUAUGCCAUAGAGUCUGCCGUCGUGAGAAGUCCAACAUUCCAAGAUUCCGCAUUCCUGACGCUUCCUAUGGAAGCUUUUUGGUUUACAGGAGGCCUUAUUGUGAAGAAUUCAUGAGAUUCUGUCUUGAAAGAUUUGAAGUUGGGAUAUGGUCUUCUGCAAGGGAAUGGUAUCUGAACAGCGCUUUGGAUUGUAUAAUGAAAGGGUUGAAAAGCAAGCUUUUAUUUGCUUGGGACCAAGAAAGAUGCACUGAUUCUGGGUUCAAGACCUUGGAGAAUAGGAACAAGCCCAUCUUUUUAAAAGAUUUCAGGAAACUCGAGAGUUUUGGAGUUAAAUACUCUGUAUCGAACAUAUUGCUGAUAGAUGAUAAGCCAUACAAGGCUCUGCUAAACCCUGUAUGUGACGGACAACAUUCUUCAGGAUGUACUAGGCUUCACAAUAGCUCGAGUUUCUAAUUUUGUUUUUAAUUU